AUAUCUAGACCAACUCUCGAGAUUGUUUACAGCUACUACGAUGAGGAUUUAGACGAGUUUAGUAGAUUUUCAAAUCUAGUUAGACAGAAAUUACACUGGAAGUUUAGAAUUACUGAUACAGUCUACGUUAAAAACGAGGCACACUCUCCAAUUUUACACAAGCAACUAAACAAAAUCGUCGAUAACGUUGCUUACCUUCCUAACAUCGGUAGAGAAGGCGCAACUUAUUUGCAUCACAUUACACAAAGAUACAAAGCGACAAUAUUUCCGGACGAUCUCAACAACCAAACCGAUGAAAUCUUGGCAGAUAAAACUUUGUUCUUACAACCACAUCCUGCAUGGCAUUGGAUUAUGUAUGAUAGAUUGGAUCACAUUAAUGUGGAUACAGGUUAUAUUAGUUUGGGACCUUACGUACCUGGUAGCUGCGGCGUAUCAGAGGGACAUACUUUACCACAAAUGAAAACUAUUUGGCAAUUAUUUACAAAUACUGAAUGUCCAGAAGAUGAAACUCAAUUAGUUACUUGGGCCGGUCAAUUUAUGGUAUCGCAAGACAGAAUUCUGAACAAUCCAUAUAGUAAAUAUGCAGAUAUCCUAAGCAUGCUUGAAGCACCAGCUGAUGAUCCAAUCCACUCUGAGACGCCCUGGUGGUUUAUGUCUAAGAAUGACCCAUCUAACCCAUUCAUUGGUCACUCAUUAGAGCGUUCUUGGCCAAUUAUCUUUGACUGU